ACCAAACUUAUUUUCUGUUGUUUGCAAAAAAACAGGGCGGAUACCCUUGUAAGGGUAUUCGCACCGACAACGGAACGCAUGCGAAAAGCGGCACGGGGGCGCAGAAAGCAAGAGUCACGCGAACCGCAUGCCAGCAAAGCGGAGCGGGGGCCGACGGGGGCAAAGCGGCAGCGGAUGCAAAAAGGAAACACCGCACGAAAAAAGUGGACCUGUGCGCGGUAUCAGCAUAUCGGUGGUGGGGUGGGUGGCAUCGAGGGAUCGGUGGAUAGACGGGCCCGCAUACAAGGAGAAGGAGAAGGAGAGGAAGAAGAAGAAGGACAAAGAAGAGAGAAGAAGAAGAAGAAGAAGAAGAAGAAGAAGAAGAAGAAGAAGAACACGAAGAAGGACGACGAAGAAGAAGAAGAAGAUGAAGACGAAGACGAAGAUGAAGAUGAAGACGACGGAGACGAAGACGAAGAUGAAGACGAAGAAGAUGAAGACGAAUACGAAGACGACGGAGAUGAAGACGAAGACGAAGAUGAAGACGAAGACGAAGACGAAGACGAAGACGAAGACGACGACGACGACAACGACGACGAAGACGAAGACGAAGACGAAGACCAAGACCAAGACGAAGACGAAGACGAAGACGACGACGACGACGACGGAGACGACGAAGACGACGACAAAGACGGUGAAGACGACGACGACGACGACGGCGAAGAAGAAGAAGAAGAAGAAGAAGAAGAAGAAGAAGACAACGACGAUGACGACGACGACGACGACGACGAAGAAGAAGAAGAAGAAGAAGAAGAAGAAGAAGAAGAAGAAGAAGAAGAAGAAGAAGAAGAAGAAGAAGAAGAAGAAGAAGAACAUGCAUCUGAGGAUCUCUAGCUGGGAUAUGGGGGUGUAGUAGAGGUGGGGGAGAAGGAUCUCUCGCUAGGAAAUGGAGGUUUAGUCGA